GCGGCAAGGGCGCCGCUGCGCCGCUGCGCCGCGCGCGCGGCCCCCGCGCGCGCGCGCGCCCAUGCGGCCAGCCUCAGGCGGCUCGUGGCCCCUCGCCGCACCCGCGGCCGCAUCGGGUUCGUCCGCCAGGCUGUCCAUCCGGGCUUCCUGCGGGGCGGUGGAGGCCACCCGGCUGCUCGGGCCAACCAGCCCCCGCCGCGUCGCUGUCGGGCCGCCGCUCGGAGACGCCUGGGCGCAGUGGCGCCCGUCGUGGCCGCACCGGGCCGCGCUCGAUGCCGCGGGCCCGCAGCCGCAGGCGGAGGAGGACUUCGUCAGCGCCUGCUCCCGCGCCCGCCGCCGCUGCUGGGGCAAUCUGCGCUCCUCCUGGCUCGCGAGGAACGCCUUCGCGGAGUGGCGCGCCUGGGCCCGCCGGGGCGACCCUGGCAGGCGCUGCAGCGGCCUGGCCGCCAUGUGCGAGCUGGAUGUGCUGGGGCAGCUGCAGCGCUCGCUGGCCCGGCGCGACGCGGCGGCUGCCGAGCAGGCUCUGGUGGCGACCGCCGACGCCCGCGCGCGGGCGCUGGCGCUGGAGUGGCUGCUGCUCCGGCUCGCGAUGGCGGCCUUCCACAGAGCCGUCACGCAGGGCCGACGCUCGAGGGGCCUCACGGCCUUUGCGGUGCGCGCAGCCCAUCACGUGGCGGUCGCUGCGGGGCGAGGAGACGCGCCGCCGAGCGGGAGAGAGGACAGCCGCGCGGCCCCCCACGCAGAUCUCAUCGCUGCCUUCGCCGCCUGGCAGGCGCACGCCGCCCGGUGCUUGGCGGCCCUGGGGCGCCUGUCGCGCCGCACCCUGGUGCCGGCGACUCGAAGGACCCUCGUGCUCUCAAGAGUGUUCGGUGGCUGGCGCUACGGGUACAUGCUGGCGCGCGCCAGGGCGGCGAGGCGCCGCUCGGCAGCCAGGGAGCAGCGCGUUCGGGAGCGCGUGCUCGUCCACAGAGCGCUCGCCGCGUGGAGGGGCGCGCGCGCCGCCCGCGCCACGGACCGCCUUGCCCUGGCGGCCAUGUUCAACGCGUGGCGCAUGGACCGCUCCGCCGCGCGCGCGGAGGAGGAGCUCUCGGAGCGGUGGCGGGCGCACUCGCUCGAGGUGGCCGGCCGCGUGGCCGCCCGCUGCGCCGCGCUGCUGCAGCGCGCCCUGCUGGGCAGGGUCGUCGCCUCGUGGCGGUGGGCGCGGAAGGCCGCGCGGCGGGCCGACGCGAGCCGCGGGGCGGGCGCGGCGGGCCGCGGGCGGCUGACGCUGGCGAGAGCCAUGGCCGCGUGGGCGGGCUCCUGCAGGCGGGCGGGGUUCCUGACCCGCGCGGAGUCCGUGGCGGUGAGCAGGGAGAGGCGCUGCGUGGCCGUGGCAGCGCUCGCGGCGUGGCGGCAGUUCCACCAGGCGUCGCGGGGGGCCUCCACGGUGGACGCCGUCAGGCAGGAGCUUGCUGUGGAGGUGUUGCAGGUGCAGCGGUGCCGGAUCCUCGCGGCGUGGCGCCGGGCGUGCCGCGAGGGCCUGGCGGGCUGGAGGCUGGCGUGCGUGACCAUAGCCAGCGACCAGCGCCUCUGCCUGCUUCCCGCCUUGGGGGCUUGGAGGCAAGCGUGCGACUGCUCGAGGACGCAGUCGCUGGCCGAGGAGUCUGCUCUACACGCAGGGCGUGAGCUGCGCGCCCGCGGAGAGCGCGUCGCCAGGUUCCUCGAGGGCAGCUCCCUGAUGUGCCUGAUAGCGCGCUGCAUGUCGCGCUGGAUGCGGGCGCACAGAAUCAUGCGGCUUGCGACUGCACAGGCGGCCCGUCACCGCCGGCUCUUGCGCGCGGCAGCUCUCGCGGCGUGGCGGCGCGGCGCGCUGGAGGGGAGGGAGCGCCGCAAGUUCCAGGAUCUCUCUGAGCGAGAGCAGCAGUUCAAGCUGCGGUUGCGCACCCUCGUCGCCUGGUGGCAGGCCCUCGAGGUCUCCAGGUCCUGCGAGGCCCUGAGCACGAUGGACGACGCCAUGAGCGAGCUGUCCGCGCUGCAGGUGGAGGUCGCAGGCCACCUGCGUGGCCAGCGCCGCUCGGCGCUGCUGGUGGCACUCAUCAGGUGGCGGCUGGUGGUGGUGGCGGCCGGGAGCCACCGGGCGCGCUUGGCGGAAUUCCGGUGCCUGCUGCUCCAGGAGGCGAGCGCGGAGCACAGGCGCAGAUGCGCGAUGCUCUCGCUCUUGCUGCACGCCCACGUGCGCUGGCGGCUUGCAGCACUCGCCGGCCAGACCGAACGCCGCUGCGGGCUCGGGGAGCGCCGGUGCCGGGCGCACCUGGCUUCCCUGCUGGCCGGGAGAGACUGGCGCCUGCUGGCAGCCCGGGCCAUGCUGGGGUGGCUGCACUCGUGCAUCCUGCGCGGCUUCACCCUGCACGCCGCGGAGACGCGCGGCCGCUGCGAGGCGAGGCUGCUGGCCGCGCGGGCGGUGCUCCGGUGGGCGGACGCCGUCCGCGCUGCAGCGCGCCAGCGCCCGCCAGAGCCGCCGAGGGCCCCGGCCCACGCGCGCCAGUGCGGCCGCCACCCGGAGGGCCUGGGGCGCCACCGGGUCCUCCUCGCCCGCGUCCUCCCCGCGUGGCGCGCCGUGCACGCGGCGGCCGCCAGGCCGCAGUGCGCCGCCGCGCCCGCGCCCGCGCC